UGUGUGUGUGUGUGUGUGUGUGUGUGUGCUUCAGUGACCAUCAGAUGAUGACCAGGCCUUUGUCUGCAGUUGGCUACAGCAGGCCUCUCAGUCACCAUGCUCGCAUGUCCAUGAUGAUGAGACCGGACAUGAGAUACAAAGCUGAAAACAUCAUGAUGCUGGACAUGGACCUGCCCGCUCGGACCACUAAAGAGUAUCAGGAGCCGGUUAUCGCCCCAAAGGUGGCGGCAGCUCUGGAGAACGCUCUGAGGGAUGAGGAUGAGAUCCAGGUGGAUGCGUCGGGCUUUCACAGCAGCUUGGGAUCAACCCCACCCGCCAGCGGCAGCCUCAAGAAACCAAAGUCUGGUCGACCCAGAACAGGCAAGAAGUCGAGCACCCCGACCUCUCCUUUCAGCCCCUCCAGUCCAGGAUCCCCACUUUACCCACAAUCCCGCGGCCUGGUGCCCAAGUGACAGCUUAUACCACCACCAACCUCUCUGGUGCACCUUUUGGGAUUCAAGUCUGAGGGAAUGGGUUUGACAGAAUAUUGGAUUCUGCAAACGACAGAACACUUUUAAGACUAAUGCUGCUUUGUAGGUUUUAACUGUAACCGCACCACUAUUACCUGUUGUCACCUCGGAGAUCUGAAACUCCUCCUCCUGAGAGUGAGCAGGACAGCAAACAUGCAUGACGCCUCGCAUCACUCUACACUGCUGUUACCUUUCACUACGUAUGGCUUAAUGCCACCGAUGUCUUAUAU